UAAUAAAAUUAAAGCAAUUUUCUAGAAUCAAGGAUACCUGUUGUUGUUGAUGAUGUCAUUAAUGAUGAUGUCACUAAUCUGCACAAACAAUACCCAAAUAUGGAUGUAUUGGAAAAAGAUAAAUUGCGCUGGAUGGAAAAUAUCCCUCAUAAAGUGGAAACAAAAACUCAAGGAAACGGACCAAGGUUUGACUUUGAAGGGAGAAUUAUUGAUGAAGAUGUUUCAACCAUUCCUCAACAUGUUGGGCUUCACCACCAUAAAUCACAACCUCAACUACCAGGAUAUAAUUUCAACGAAUUAUUUGAACUCGCUCGUAGCCAAGUCACUCAACAACGUGUGCUGUCAAUCAAAGUGCUGGGGAGGAUAUUAUACAAGGACAAACAUGGCGAAUACAUAGCACAGGGAUGUUCACCAUUCACACCAACAUUAUUAGAUGCUGGUUUACCAUUUAUAUUAAGAUGGUUCUUGGAUGAACGUUCACAAAGUUCCAUGCAAGCAUCUAUUGAAACUUUAUGGUCCUUGUUAGCUCCUACAUCAAGUGAAAAAACUUACUCCAAUGUAAUGAUGUCAUGUUGUCGUGGUUACGAAACAAAUUGUCUUCGAUCAAAUUUCGAGGUUCCAAAGAAGAGCGACACUGAUUGUGAUGUCAUAAAACGUGAUCUAAUACUUGGAUUUCUUCAAAUGGAUUUGUUGCCAAGAUUAAGAUAUACCCUUGAGGUUUGUGCACCAGACACAUCAACCAUCAACAAAUGCUUAGAAUGCAUUGAAAGGAUUUCUCAACAUUCUGCUCAAUCGUCAUUAAAAGUAUUGGAAUGUCCGAGACUUCUUCGGGUUAUUGCUGAGAAAUUUGUUUCAGUUGUUACUUGUAAUACAACACAAGCAGAUGAUUUUGCUGUAUCGUCAAGUGUUUGUGCCGUGCGAUUGUUUCAAACCAUCUGUCAAUCAAGUUGGGAGAACGCUCAUAAACUUGUGACGGAGAAUGUUGAGAUGGUUGAACUAAUGCAAUGGUUUGUGGUGGCUGUGGGGGGUGUGGGUUGUGAAGGUUCAAAAUCGUUGAAUUUGUUGAAACUUGAAAGAGAGAUGUGGAAUUUAUGGAGAAUUGCUUCAACUUACGGGUUAAUGUUGGAUAUAUUUAUGAAAUUUCCAGAAGUUCUAAUGCAGCAGUUGCAAACUUGUAUUCAAAUAAUUAACAACAAAUCAUCAAGCAUUGAUCAAUUAAAAUGGUGCCAAGGUGUUGUGUUGAUGUUUGGUGCUGCUGUUACCAACCUACCUUCAAUACAUGGAAGAAACACAUUGGGUUUGUUGAACAGAUUCUUUCCUUUGAUGAAAACUGUUGCAACGUCGGCUGUUUCUGUGGCGACUUCUAUCCCAGACAACAAUUUGAAGAAUGUCAUGAGGCACCAUGGCAUUGUUGCAUCAUCAUUGGCUUUGUUAUCCGACUGGUUGAAAUAUUUCAAUGAAAAUUCUGAAAUCUCAAGCGAAAUCAAGAAUGAAAUUGUUCCAAAUAUUAUUUUACCUUUGCGAAGAAUUGUGUUGCGUGAAUAUCAAACUUGUUACAAACCACCAGAAACCUCACCAACAAUAGAAAUCUCAUCUCUUCCAAAUCUUGGGCUUAAUUUCAGGAACGAAGAAUAUUUGUUGAAAUUUAUUUCUUCUCAUAAUUUAUUGGAAUCUUAUAUGAAAGUGGUUUAUGAUGUCACAAGACUAACGGGUCCAUGUGAAUCAAUUGUUGAAUUGAUGUUGAAUUUAGUUGACGUUGAUUUGAAUAAAAUAAACCAACAUUUUCAACCCUGCAUCUACUUUCGGAUAUUACCGCGGAUAUUUUAUUGGAUCAUUAAAAGUUGUCUCUUAUUGCUGCCACAUCAUCGACAGCUGGGGAUGAAAUAUUUAUCCAUUCAUAAGAUUUCUAUGUUUGCAUUCAAUUCAUUAUUUCCUGGGGAUGAAUAUUACGCAAGAGAUCUACUUCUUCAUGCUUUAUUCAAUCCAACACUGAUUAGUGAUAUGAAAGUUCUUUUGAGUGAAACAUUCAGUGAAAGCCAAAUCCUGACUAUGAUGUCAUCAAUACAUCACACUUACGUUUCUUCCCUCACAAUUGAUCCAAAAUCUCUUGCCCAAUCCAAAGCGUGGUGUUGUCAAAAUACAAAGGAAAUAAAAUCAUUAUUUUUACCUUACGAUUUAUCAACUAUCCUACCUGUUGACUGGCCAUUUAUACCUUUGCUGCAAUUUUAUGACCUAGCUAUCAGAAGAAGUGAUGAAGAGAAUGCGUUGAAUGCUCCCAUUGUUCUUUCAUCAAUCAUUGAUUGUCUACGAUUUAUUUAUUUCCUUGAGAAGUUAAGGCCAGAUGGAAGUUGUAAGAUAUCGGUGACAUGCAAAAUUACACGACUUAUGUGUGUAUUUAUGUCAGGGAAUGAUAUAUUCCUUGACGAUCAUGUUCAGAAGUUGCUUCACAAGUUGUUGGUUUUAUUUUUGGACGGCAAAUCAAAAUCUCAACUCAAUUUUAACAAACCAAUUCCAGGAAUUACUUCAUUUUAUGAUUUUUACGUUUCUCUUCUUGAACAAUUUGAUGCGGUUUCGUUUGGAAGUAAAAUAUUUUCUAUGUUCCUCCUACUACCACUAGUGGGAGAUUGCGACGUGGAGUUGAAGUUGGCGUUGUGGUCGCAACAUACGGAAGUUGUGAGUUCAAUACAUGUCGAUAUAGAUGAGCUUCCAGUUGCCGAAGAUUUGUACUUUUCACCGAUUGAAACCAACCCACAAGUUUUAAUGUCGUAUUUACAAGCAUUGGUGCAUGGUAAAUGUCAGCCUGUUCGAACACCAUUCAUGUAUCGGCUUGCUAUUCACCACCUUUCAUCUUACCUGGCUAUGGAGGAAGAAACAAAAGCAAGGCAUGAGAUCCUGAAGAAAGUGAGUUUACUUCCAACAUCUAAGAUGAAACAUGCCAUCCUUCAUAAUGUUGAUAGUGAGACCAAAACAAUUUCAUAAAAAACAGCGUCGUUUAAUAAACGUACCAAUCUAA